AGAGAGAGAGAGAGAGAGAGAGAGAGAGAGAGUUGGGGUAGAGCUGUUGGGAGAGAGGGAAUGCCCGUUACUGGGAGAGUGCAGCACAGGCAGUGUACACGGCUGUGCCGCUGAGUGCAGAAUGGCACACUAGAGAAAACAGGCUGGCUCCGAAAGGAAGAGGGCGAACGGGAGGAGCGAGAACGCGUCAUAGCAUGCUGAGACGGCACAGAGCGGAGAAGCAAGAGAGCGAGGGGAGAAAAGUUCCCAGGUCAGCAGUAGGAUGUGCAACUGGAGGAGCUGAUCGCUAAAGAGAUCACUUGGGGUCCCUGUGGAUACGCCGGGUGCAGCACUAAGCAGCAAAGGAAGAGAUUACAGUGAUAUUAUAGGAUAGGACUGUGGGGACAUGUGAAGUUCCUCCCGAAAAGGACAGCCCUGUCAUAACUCCGGGGUAAUGCUCUUCACGGGACUCCACAGUUACUCCACAACCAUCUCAGCCAAACAGGCAGAGGGCACAUAAGCCUGGUCUCAGAGACGCUCUCACCCAACAUUCUCCACUUGUGGUUUGACCUGGAUAAGGUUGUGUUUCCACGCAGCCUUACCUAUUUUGAGCGUGAAUCAGCAGAGAUUUAGAGGGCGAGUUGUUCUGUCCUGUCACCUCUGAGACUAUGGUAGUUGGUGCGUCAGGGAGCCCUUCAUCAGCCGCUGCAGCCCUAGAGCAUGGAGAAGUCCAGCAGUGAGGAGUCAGCCAUUCACCGUAGCCCUUCAGUAGAUAGUCGUGACUCUGAUUUUCCCCAAGCCUCCACCUCUGGCCGUCCGUUUGGCGGCCGUGGAUUCACUGCCGGUGCUUUCUACGGCUCCACCGGGCCGCACAAAAGCGCACAACAGGGGCAAGCAGGGACAGCAGCGGACACCGCCGCCGGAGACAAAACCAACAACAAGUACAGCUCACCCAAAGGCAGCAAGUACGUUGUCUUUUACCUGGAUCUAUCAUUUGUGUUCCUUUUAGAAUUUAAGAAGUGCAACAUGGCAAGAGGCUGCCUCUGCUGCUUGAAGUAUAUGAUGUUCACCUUCAACCUCAUCUUCUGGUUAUGCGGCUGUGGGCUACUUGGCGUGGGCAUCUGGCUCUCUGUGUCUCAGGGCAGCUUCGCCACAUUUUCGCCCUCAUUCCCCUCGCUCUCUGCCGCCAAUAUGGUCAUCGCUAUCGGCACCAUUGUCAUGGUAACAGGCUUCCUCGGUUGCCUGGGAGCCAUCAAGGAGAACAAGUGCCUGCUUCUGAGCUUCUUCAUUGUCCUGCUGAUAAUUCUCCUGGCAGAGCUGAUAUUAAUCACGCUGUUCUUUUUGUACUCCGAUAAGGUGAGCGAGAAUGCAAAGCAAGAUCUGAAAGAUGGGCUGGCGCUCUACAACACAGACAACAAUUUAGGACUGAGAAAUGCCUGGAACAUCAUCCAGGCCGAGUGGAAGUGCUGUGGUGUGAUAGCGUACACUGAUUGGCAUGAGGCCCUGAAGGAGAAGAUUGUUCCGGACCGCUGCUGCCAGGAGCAUUACCAGAACUGUGGGCAUAAUGCCACAAACAUGUUCUGGAACAGGGGCUGCUUUGAGAAAGUGGAAGAAUGGCUGGAUGACAACAAGCACCUGCUGGGAACCAUCGGCAUGGUCAUCUUGGUAGUUCAGCUCCUGGGCAUGGCCUUCUCCAUGACGCUGUUCCACCACAUCCACAGAAUGGGGAAGAAAUAUGACGCUUAGGGGGCGGCGGCCAGUGGAGAGGAACCCCACUGCCUGAUGGAAUAAGACUCUGGUUAAACUCUCCCGUUUUCCUCACUUUCCAACCUCAUCAAGCUUCCUCGUGCGCCUUCCCAGACCAUCUGUACAGAUUCCAGCUGCGUCCUCCGUCUGUUCUGCUCUCUCAUUUCAUUUUGCCAAAGAGUAACACAACGGGAACGGCACAGACGAGG